CUGAUUGAUAGCGGGCGAUAGCAGUUAAAAUACACGGCACCAUGUUUAAAAGCAAGCACCGCUCACCGGGCCACGAGCACCACCAUCAGGCACUGAACCGGUGUGAUUCGAUGGGAUCCUUAGGACACCGUACGCUCCUACAGUACCUGGAAACAGAUGAUCUGGCUGGAAUGAAAACAUUCCUAGGGACCCGCCAACUGCAGGUCGACGAUCGAGAUGAGAACAACACGACGGUGCUGAUGCUGGCGUGCGGACGUGGUGCCUCCCACUUCGCAAAGGAACUGCUAGCCCGCGGCGCGGAUGUACAGGCGCAGGAUCUGGACAACUGGUCCGCCCUACACUUUGCGGCGAAGGCCGGUCAUGUCGAUAUUGUGGAGCUGCUGCUGGAGAAUGGGGCAGAACUGGAGCAGCGUGAUAUGGGCGGCUGGACCGCUCUGAUGUGGAGCUCGUACAAGGGCCAUACCAGCGUGGUGGCACUUUUGCUGCAGCGCGGAGCCGAUGUGCAGGCACACGGCAACUACCACCUGAACCCCCUGCUCUGGGCAUCCGGUCGCGGUCACACCGAGAUCGUGCGGCUGCUCGUGAACACCGGCGGAGCUAAGGUGAACGUAGGUGACAAGUAUGGAACAACGCCCUUGGUGUGGGCCUGCCGGAAGGGUAAGGCGGAGAUCGUGGACAUACUACUGAAGGCGGGCGCCAACGUCGACACGGCGGGAAUGUACUCCUGGACACCGCUGCUAGUCUCGGUCAGUGGAGGUUUUCAGGAGUGUGUCACCCUUCUGCUGGAACGCAAACCGAACGCGAACGCCCUGGAUAAGGACGGUAUGACUGCGCUAUCGAUCGCGUGUCGCGAAGGACAGACCGAGAUAGCGUCGGCACUGAUCGGUGCCGGAGCGUACCUGAACGUGCAGGAUCGGGCAGGUGACACACCGCUGAUCAACGCCGUCAAGGGUGGCCACCGGAGCGUGGUGGAGAUACUGAUGAAGCGUCACGUGGACGUGGAAAUACAGGGAAAAGACAAAAAGACUGCACUGUACACGGCCGUCGAGAAGGGCCACACGGCGAUCGUGAAGCUUAUACUCCAGUCGAACCCGGACCUGGAGCUUUCUACCAAAGAUGGCGAUACGCCGCUCCUACGAGCGGUUCGCAACCGUAACCUCGAGAUCGUGCAGAUGCUGCUGGAGCGGAAGGCGAAAGUAGGGGCGACCGACAAGCGAGGCGAUACCUGCCUACACGUGGCGAUGCGCGCCCGUUCGAAGGCGAUCGUCGAGGCGCUGCUCAGCAACCCGAAGUACGGUCAGCUGCUGUAUCGGUCGAACAAGGAGGGCGAAACGCCGUACGCGAUCGAUGCAACACACCAGAAGACCAUCCUUGGGCAGGUGUUUGGCAAUCGGCGCCUUAACGCCAACGAGGACUCCGAGGGGAUGCUCGGGUACGGGUUGUACUCGUCGGCGCUGGCCGAUGUGCUGAGCGAACCGACGCUAACCACCCCGAUCACGGUCGGGCUGUACGCGAAGUGGGGCAGCGGGAAAAGCUUUCUGCUGGCGAAGCUGCGCGAGGAGAUGAAAACGUUCGCCCACUCGUGGUCCGAGCCGCCGAUCAACGCGUCCUGGCUGUUUUUUCUCAUCUGCCUACAUCUGGCCAUUGUGAUUGGGACCGUGGUGGGGCUCGCUACGUGGAGCUACAUUUGGGGUUUGUCGACGGCCGUCACACUGCUGCUGCUCAUCUACUUCCUCGACAUUCUGUUUAAGUUCCUCGAUCGCCGCUACGAUCUUGAGUGGCUGUACGCGGUGAACCACGGCAUGUCGCGGAAGCUGGGCCGAUUGCGGUUGAUUCUGCAGGUGGCGUUCUGCCAUCCGCCUGGCCCUCAGAACGAUCAGCAACCGAUGCCGGUGCGGUUUCAUUUUGCCGAAGCGAGUGGUGCGGCCCCCAACGGCGACGCCGCCAUGGCCUUGAUGUUGGCGUCCUUGUUCGAUGCUAUCGAAGCCCACUAUGGCUCGCUGGCUACAGGGUUAUAUCGUGCCUUUCGACCGCGUCCUUUGAAAGCAAACGGUGGCUGGAAGUGGCGUAAGAUGUGCUGCAUGCCCGUGGUGAUCAUGUUCGAGCUUGGCAUACUGGGUAUCCUGGCAACGGCAUCGCUCUCCAUCAUCUACUCCGAACACGAACUCGAGGGCCGUGAGGAGAUAGCGGUAACAAUCUACGUGUUACUCGGUUUUCUUUUGGCUGGAGCCAUCGCCAAUUUGCACGCCUGGUCGAAGCUGAUCGGUGCUCUCUUUAUGUCGCAAGGAAAACACCUGAAACGGGCGUUCUCGAGCAACGAGGCUGCUCCCCUGACGGCCCUCGGGGCGGAAGUGAGCCUGAUGGCCGACAUGGUACGGUGCCUCGACGCGUUUACCAGCCAGCAGAGCCGUCUGGUCGGGGUAGUCGAUGCGUUGGAUUCGUGCGACACCGAGCGCACCCUCACGAUCCUGAAUGCCAUUCAAACGCUACUGUCUGGACCGCAACGUCCCUUCGUUUUGCUGCUGGCGGUUGAUCCGCACGUCAUCGCGAAGGCGGCCGAAGCGAACAGUAGACGCCUGUUCACCGAAGGUGGUAUCGGUGGUCAUGAUUUUCUGCGUAAUCUCGUCCAUCUCCCGGUUUACCUGCAAAACUCGGGCCUGCGCAAAGUUCAGCGGGCACAGAAUACGGCUCUAAACGCGUACCGUAGGGCAAUGCCGGACAUGGGCCGGGAAGACGAUCAGCCCACCGGCAGCCAUUUGGGCCACUCGGCUUCAGCACGCCGACUGUCGAACGCGUCGGAGAUUAUGUCUUCGCAGGAAAAACUACGCGCCAUGCCAAGCUCUUCACGGGGUGGCAGCAAAAAGCUACGCGUUUCGGAUUCGAUCGCCAGUUCGAUCGGUUCGAAUCUGCACAAGCUCGGCCAAAACCCACCGAUGGACCUGUCGAAGAUCAUUCUGACCGACGAUUACUUCAGCGACGUGAACCCGCGCAGCAUGCGAAGGCUAAUGAAUGUGAUCUACAUCACGGUCCGCUUGUUGAAAGCCUUUCAGAUUGAAUUUAGCUGGUAUCGAUUAAGUUCGUGGAUCAACCUUACGGAACAGUGGCCACUGCGUGCCAGUAUGAUCGUUCUCGAGCAUGAUCAAGCUGGCGACAGCAUCGAUGACACAGUUUCACUUCAAACAGUGUACGAUAAAGUCCGUCCGAAGCUGACGUGCCUGCGAGAAGCCGUGGCAUUGCUAGAUCUUGAUCGAGACGAGCGCAAGUUGGACGCCUUUUUGCAGCUACACAAAUCGGAUUUGCUGGUAUCGGAUCUGCGCAUAUUCUUGCCCUUCACGAUUAACCUCGAUCCCUACCUACGCAAGGUCCUCAAAGAGGAUCAACAAGCGAUGGAAGACGAGGGAAUCAUCAUACCGAUGAAAAGUGUUUCCGGGUCACUGCUGAACGAAACACUGCCGGGUAGACUCAUCGUGGAGCGCAACGAGCAUGAUCAGCAUUCCAUGGCCAGCGCAGGGGUUCCCGGUGCGCCUGGGAAAGCGAAGGGAGGCUCGCUACAUCAGAAGUCAUUGAAUUCGAUGACUCCGCCACCGAUCGACAUCGACCUGUCGAACGUGCAGCUUUCCAGUCUGACGGUUGAACAACUGAUCGACCUGCUAGGGCAAGUGAGCGAUCUCAAGCCCGCAAUGGAGCGUACCGGUCCUAUUUUACGCGAAAACUCCAUCUCCGGCCGUGUGCUGAUGUACUGCAAUCUGGAUGAGCUUAAAUCGGUCCUUCAGCUAAGCUUCGGGCACUGGGAAAUGUUUAAGCUGCUCAUAACGGCACUGCGGGAAUCGAACAAAACUAGCCAACCGCCGCCGCCACGGAAGCUUUCAAAGACCACCAGCUUCGCCAAGGGUACGGGCGACUCGCUGGAGCUACAGGAUCCGCAUACCCAACCGACCACACCGUUCGGUUCCGCCUCGAGCAGCUUCCAGCCGAUUCGACAAAAGUCGCAGAAUCUGCUGGAGAAACAGCAGCCGGCAAAAGUGCAUGAUUACGAAUAUCUUCAGGUGACGCUCGAGGAGCAGAUGAUCUGCGGUGCGCUGCAGACGCUGAACGAGGACGCCUUUGAGGACGUGGUUAGCAGCGAGCGGCCCAGCCCGACCGGUGAGAUGUUUAGCCAGUUCAACCUGGCGCCAAUACGCGAGAGCUCGGAAAUCGGUUCACCGCCGCGUUUCACUUACAAUCUUACUAACCCAAACCUCGCCGCCCUGGCCACCAGCAAUGGUACGCUGAAUGGCGACGACGAUGCGGCGGCAGGCUACGGUAAUGAGGGAGACUGUGAGCUCCGCUUUCCGCUGCCUCGGUCCGUCGGCCACAGCCGCUCGCACAGCCUGCACGAUGGCGAUGGUGGUGGGUUGACCAGCGUCGUGAUCAUUCCACCACCAUCCAUUCUUGCCCAAUCGUCACCCACUGUUACCACAGGCACUGCUACCACCGGCAGCAUCAACGACACUAAGCUCUAACUCAUGGUGAAUCGAUUUGCCAAGCCGCUUGCAACCGCGGCACCCGGUUCCAGCAUGCACCGGUUUGUCGUCGUUGUGCUGACUGUUGUUACUUCCGUUGUGUCGUGUGCUGUGCUGUAACUGCUGUUGUUUUGCCGUGGCUUUCGUAAAAACACCCUACACUCUCGCAAAUCACCAGAGAGACGCAACGUGCACGCAAGGAUCACUGACAAACGAUACCAACCGAUAGUGUAGGAGCGGCAGAGAAAGCGUAAGAAGUGAAGGAGUAGCACGCGAACAAAGUAAGAAGUAUUGGUUUAAUGGUUUCUCUUAUCGAGGAAAUCGGUACAUCCAAAGUGAUACUACAAUUAUUGCCACUAUUACUAGCGAGUUUGUUUAGCGAUUAGUUAGAAUCGUGGAGGUAAUCAAACAUUCCCCUAGCAGAAUUGAUACCACUUCCCUUAGACGAAUUGAUAAAUAAUGUUAGGAUACAACAAAAGUGAAACGAGUCACAAACACACGCGCCCCAAAACCACGUAGAGACCAAUUUAUGAUCGUGUACUUAAAAACAAAGAGAACACCAGGUAUAACGAACCGUUUUUCCUGGGAAUUGUGUUAGAGUUUUUUUUGAAAAACAUUACCAAUGAUAAGCAUAGUGAGAGAAACGUUGAACUGUUUAGGCCAAUUGUAUGUUUAGCUGUUUGAGAAAACUUGUUUCAAUAAAUCCACGAA